CAGUUCUCCUCAGAAUGUGCUCAAUGUGGUCACAAAGAUUUACUGUAGAUUGACUGCUACCGAAACAAAAUGUAAUCAGGAAGUGAGAUUCGAAAGUCGGAACUGAGAAUUUAGGUCCACUGGAACUUGUAGAGUUUGUCUGACUGCGCUGCAUAGUAUAUAACCAUGAUAACGCCCCUUGGUUUUCUAUUCCGUGGUACACCAUUCGAACCGGUGUAUUUAUUCGUGUGCCCUUAGUAACUUUUAAGUGAAAAUUUUUGAGGUCAAACUCAGUGCAUAGCUCGAUAUCCGACGACUAGUAUUUGAGGUUCAGAGUGCAAAGUCGGGACUUGCAGCUGUAGUACGUAUAACGGUAUACUACCGAGCAUAAUUUGUACAAGUACAUACAGUGCAUGUUUGAAAUCAGUAUAGGUUCAUCGGAUCACUACAAGACUUACCAAGGCUGUUUCGCAACAACGGAAUGCAAUUAAGAAAAAUACAUGUGUCUGUAUUGUAAGAAAAGACACACAUUAGAAACAAAUAAGAAUUAAGGAAGGAAAAAAACGAACUCUUAUUUGAAAUUAAUAGUAAGGAUCGAGAGAUCUGAGAAAGUAUGGCCACGGAUCUAUCAUCUUUUAGUGGUGAUGAUUGGGUAGAUCAUUCAGUACAUGGCAGUGUUUUCUACGAUGGAGUAAAGUUCAACGCCCUGGUCAUCCCCUCUAGCCUCGAGGCUUUGAAGACAUUCGAUGUCAGGGAGGAUGAUAUCUGGAUUAAUACCUACUCAAAGUCAGGAACUCAUUGGGCAUCAGAGAUCGUUCAUCUUAUAUUGAACAAUGGUAAUCCUGAGACAAUCGACCGUACGACCACGCAAGGCAACAUCGAGAUGAUCUACGGCGAGAAAGAUUCUUACGAUGAGGGAAAGACACGACAUCUACCCUUCUAUAAGAUCAUAGAAAGAGCUCCGUCACCUCGUAUAUUACAGACACAUCUACCUGUUAAAUAUCUUCCACCAGGCAUUGAUAACAAGAAAGCUAAAGUGAUCUAUGUUGCUCGGAACCCUAAAGAUGUGAUUACAUCUCUCGAUCGCUUCGUAGGAAAUAAUGAGAUGGGUGAUUUCAUUAGAUGGCAGGGUGCCCUCAAGGAAUUCAUGGACGGGACGAGGAAUUAUGGGUCAUGGUUUGAACACGUGAAGACAUCUUGGAAUCUACGUCAUCAAGAAAACAGACUCUUCAUCAAAUAUGAAGACAUGAAAAAGGACCCACGGAAUGCCAUAUUAACUAUUUCCAGAUUCCUCGAGCGCCCUCUAUCGGAUGAAACAUUAGAGAAGAUCGUUGAGUAUAGUUCAUUCAAAGGAAUGAAGAAGACUUAUGAUAAAGUAGAAGCAGAGGGCAAGGCAGAACUCGUCAAAGCUGUCGGCACUCAUUCCUACAUGAACAAAGGUGUAAUCGCGAGCUGGAAGAAACGAUUUACAGUGAGCGAGAACGAAGAGUUCAAUCGCGUCUAUAAGGAGAAAAUGGCUGACACCGACUUACAAUUCGAUUUUGAAUGAAAUGGAUAUACCGAAGAAUUUGUCUUUCCAAGGCGUACGUCUAGGAAAUCAUUUUGUUUGUUUGUUUGCAUUCAUUGAUUUUAUUCAUCGAAAGUCCAAUUUGUUUUCGUUCACAACAUAGAAGCAGUCUUACCUUAUUUAAACCUAACACAUUUAUAACAAAGCUGAUUAUUAUUUGAUAAACGAACACUCACUGAAUAACAACAUAAUUAGUUGCUAAAUAUAUUACUCAUUGCGGAUGUAGUAUCGAAAAUAAUAUCGCUAGUGAUAUUCGUUUGU